GAGCCUGGGCUGCGUCUGGGGGCGGGGCCUGGAUCCGGUGCUCUGGGGUCCCCAGCCUCGGCGGGAGUGGCCAUGGCCCGCCCGCGAGUGCGGCUGGUGGUCACCGCGGACGACUUUGGUUACUGCCCGCGGCGCGAUGAGGGCAUCGUAGAGGCCUUUCUGGCGGGGGCUGUGACCAGCGUGUCUCUGCUGGUCAACGGCGCAGCGGCAGAGAGCGCGGCGGAGCUGGCCGGCAGGUACCGAAUCCCCACCGGCCUCCACGCCAACCUGUCCGAGGGCCGCCCCGUGGGCCCGGCCUGCCACGGCGCCUCGACGCUGCUCAGCCCCGAAGGCUUCUUCCUCGGCAAGAUGGGAUUUCGAGAGGCAGUGGCGGCCGGAGGCGUCGCCUUGCCCCAGGUGCGGGAGGAGCUGGAGGCCCAGCUGAUUCGCUUCCGGGAGCUCCUGGGCGGGGACCCCACUCACGUGGACGGGCACCAGCACGUGCACGUGCUCCCAGGCGUGUGCCAGGUGUUCGCAGAGGCGCUGCAGGCCAACGGGGUGCGCUUCACGCGGUUGCCGGUGGAGCGCGGGGUGGGCGGCUGCGCGUGGCUCGAAGCCCCCGCGCGUGCCUUCGCCUGUGCGGUGGAGCGCGACGCCCGGGCCGCCAUGGGCCCCUUCUCCCGCUACGGCCUACGGUGGACGGAUGCCUUCGUGGGCUUGAGCACCUGCGGCCGGCACAUGUCUGCUCACCGCGUAUCAGGAGCACUAGCGCGGGCCCUGGAAGGCAUACCCACCGGCCGUACCCUGACAGCCGAGCUGAUGGCCCACCCCGGCUACCCCAGUGUGCCUCCAGCUGGGGGCUGCGGCGAGGGCCCCGAUGCCUUUUCCUGCUCUUGGGAGCGGCUGCAUGAACUGCGUGUCCUCACCGCGCCCACACUUCGGACCCGACUUGCACAGGAGGGUGUACAGCUCUGCACCCUGCACGACCUAGACUCCAAGAGUCAUGGGGAAGGGAUCCCUGGAGAAGCCACUCUGGAAACAUUCCUGGAGCCCUCCCCACCAUGCCCCUGACAAGCAUAAUGUCCUUUAGUGCAAAGAAAGGGGGCCAGUGUCAAGCCCUGGGACAGCCAGGAACCAGGUGGCGGGGCGGGGGUCCAGUAACAUACUCCCUUCGGCAGGCCCCUGUCACCUCUGUGUCUAGGUCCUUGUGGCUCAGAAUGGCUGCCAGAGCUUUGGCAACCCAUCUUGGCUGCAGGCAGGUUGGCCCUGUGACAUCUGAGCCUGGGGCCUGCCAACCAUCUUCCUUAUUCAGAUGUAGUGGAGAGAGACCACUGUAUUAAAAUAUGUCUUG